GCAAACGCCGCCGGCGUCGAGUGCGUUGUAUCUUUCCCCUGCGUCGAGACGGGUUGUCUGUGCCAAGUUCUACCCCGCCCGCCACAGGCUUCUACUUGGAGGUUGUGAGCUUGUGAUACAGACCACUAUUCUACUAGUGGACGAGAACGCCUAUCUUUCAUUCCAUAACAAAACAGCAGAAGCGCACCCGGUCCUACUGUUAGAUUGUACAUCAAGGGCGUUUGAUAGCGGAGAAAGCCGCAGAAGCACUACAUCCUCCUACACAGGCCACAGAACGUAUGCCAUAGCCUGGGCAAGGGUUUGCCGAAAAGCCUAGUUAUCAGCACUUUUGGCCUCUCGGCCUUGCUCCUCUUGCUAUUUUAAGAAGCCCCAAUCCUGCACUCAACGCAAAUUCCCAAAGGUCUCCGCAAAUAUUCUAGAAGACCCAUACCCCACAAGUAUGAAUCCCGAGCGAGAGAUUUCAAUUUCCAGAGCACCAGAGCCAACGUCCGAUAGAGGAGACAGCUCCCCAGACAUAUUCAGCUUUCAACAAGAAGAGUCCCCGCCAUUACAUGCCGUUCCUCUUGCACUAAGAUGGAACGAGUCUAAGACUUCGAUAUGGAGAUUGACUGCCACAUUUUGGUGUGCAUUUGUGAUGGGAUCCAAUGAUGCUACAUAUGGAGCAAUAAUACCCUAUCUAGAACAGUACUAUCAGAAAACCUAUACGACCAUCUCCUUCGUGUUCCUUUCACCGUUUGUGGGCUAUGCCUUGUCUGCAAUCAUAAACAAUCCAAUUCAUCAAUCCCUCGGCCGGCGAGGCAUUGCGAUAAUCGCACCGAGUUGUCAUUCGAUUGCCUUUGUGAUCAUAUCAACUCACCCGCCCUUUCCAGCUUUAGUGAUAGCGUAUAUUUUUGUUGGCAUCGGCAGCGGACUUCACAAUGCAGCGUGGAAUGUCUGGAUUGGAAAUAUGGCGAACUCACAUGAAGUUUUGGGUUUCUUUCAUGGCUUUUAUGGUGUCGGAGCCACGACUAGUCCUCUUCUUGCGACAACCUGGAUCACGAAAGCCGGGUGGCAAUGGUACUCUUAUUAUUAUCUGCUGACCGGGGAAGCUAUUAUAUCGCUGGUGUAUGCGACCAGUGCGUUCUGGAAUGAGACGGAGGCAAGAUAUCGGUUAGAAAAUGCCAGCUUUCCCGGGAGAGGAAGGGGGGCUUUCUCCCAGAUCCACUUCGCACUCAAAUACAAGGUGACUUGGAUAUGUGCUGCCUUUCUGUUCCUCUACGGAGGUAUUGAGGUCGCAAUCGGUGGCUGGAUUGUCGUCUUCAUGACAACUGUCCGCCACGGCGGCGCAUUCGAAUCUGGAUUAGCAGAGACAGGUUUCUGGCUCGGUAUCACAGUCGGCAGAUUUGUGCUAGGAUUUGUCUCACCGCGAAUUGGAGAGAGGCUAUCCAUUGCUAUCUACAUCCUUUUUGCCAUUGCGCUUGAAAUUGUUUUUUGGCUCGUACCCGAAUUUAUUGUUUCUGCUCUCGCUGUUUCACUUGUCGGGUUCUUCAUGGGGACCAUUUUCCCCGGCGCUGUGAUUGUGACCACGCGCCUGCUGCCCAGAAACCUUCACGUUGCUGCUAUCGGGUUUGCAGCUGCGAUUUCCAUGGGAGGCGGUGCUGUGUUUCCGUUCAUCAUUGGCAUUACCGCUCAGACUAAAGGAGUUACAGUGUUGCAGCCUAUCUUGCUUGCGAUGCUGGCUGUUUCCUUAGGAAUCUGGUCCACAUUGUUCAGGCUUCCGCGGCUAGAAACGUCGCACUGACUGCGGCGACCGCAUUCACACAGUCGUCAAUAAUUCUUGCUGGCGCAAGGCAAUGAGCGGAACCACUGGCAACACCUUACCAGCGGUAGAAUGCCCGUGCGGACAGGGUCAAGGACUAAGGAAAUCAGACUUAAAAUUGCAGGAGACAGUUUACCUCAAAAGGUGACAUAAUUAACGAGCUGAGAAAUCAAGGGAGCGAGACAACAACAAGAUGAUUAUCACUGUAUGUUACAUAUUAUCAACUACUCAUAAUC